GGUCAUUAGUUCAGUGUAGAUAAGUAAUUUCUCGCAUACUAGGAGUUCACGUUGUUUCAAAUCGCCUACAUUGCAUUUUCAUGAAUUUUUACCUAUGAGUUCGUGACGCAUUCUUCCUGCAUAAUUCUAUUACAAUCUGAUGGAAGAAAUGAAUACCCACUAUGGAGGUUGUGGAGUUAUUUAAUAAAUGCAAUGAAAACCUAAAAUCUUUUAUUGUAUCAAAAUGGAUUGACAAAUUAAUUGCAGAAUAUCAAGCAUCGAAGACAUUGUUUAUAGUGAUAAUAUCAGUUUUGUUAAUUAUAUUAAUUAUAUCGAUAAUUAUUCUGCGAAAAUGGAAAAACAAGGAAUUUCUACCAGAAGUAAAAGAAUUUGUUGGAGUAGGUACAGGCAAGCCCAGAUUCAGAAAAAGAGACAAAUUACUUUUCUAUGGAAGAAAAAUGUUGCGCAAAGCAAAAUCUAUCAGUGGACAAGUACAUGCAACUGGACAAGGAAAAAAAAGAAAGGCUGUUAUGCGAUUUGCUCGAAGACUCUUGCAACUGAAAAAGGAUACAGUACCUCUACAAUUAAAAGUAUUAGAACCACCAGCUGAAUAUUUAGAAGAAGAUUUAGGUCCUGGAGAUAGAGUGCCACCUGAUGCUUUGUAUAUGUUACAAAGUAUAAGAGUUUUUGGUCAUUUUGAAAAACCUGUAUUUUUAAAAUUAUGCAAACAUACGGAAAUUAUGAAUUUGCCAGCUGGAAGUACUUUAUUCAAAAUUGGAGAUCCAGAUGAAAAUUUAUUUAUAGUGCAACAAGGUUUAGUUAAUGUUUAUAUCACAGGACCUGAUGGCUCUCAAAUAUCAUUAAAGUUGGUAAAAACAGGGGAAUCAGUUACUAGUCUCCUUAGCUUCACUGAUGUACUUACUGGGCAUACGAGUACGUAUAAAACAGUUUCUGCUAGAACUGUGGAAGAUUCAAUUGUAGUUAAGUUACCAAUGAGUGCAUUUCAAGAGGUUUUUCAAGAUCAUCCUGAUGCAUUUGUUCGAGUUAUCCAGGUCAUUAUGGUUCGCCUUCAGAGAGUCACUUUUACCGCUUUACAUCAGUAUCUUGGAUUAUCUGCUGAAUUAGUUAAUCAAGGGACACACAAGAAAAAACAAAGUCCAUUUUCUGGAUCUCCAGUUAGGUCAAGGACAAAAGAAAAUUUUGCUUCACAGAGUGCAGAAAAUCAAUUCAGUGGACCUAUAAGCACGUCAUCGGAACAGCAUGCUUCGUGCGACAUGUCUCAUAACUCCUCACUAAAUUGUCAACAAUCUGUACCUAUUGUUAUAAAUCGACGGCCAAAAACUAAUCUUGAUUGGAAAAAUCAAAAUUUAAGUCCACAAUCAGGUCAGAACACAGCAGACAUGGUACCGGAAUGCGAUUCUCAUUGGCCAAAUUCUUCGCCUAUUACACCACAGCAGUCAUUCCAAGGAUCUCAGCAUGGAUCUCAACCAGAUGUCAUACACACGGGAAAUUCUCAUCCGAACAAGAAACGGUCUACUGUUAUUGAACCAAUUCAGCAACAGUUAGAUGAUGCACAUCUUGUUCAGAUAGCUACAGAGGCGUUUGUUAGAGAACUUGGCUUAGAAGAUGAUUCUAUACUGAAAGAUGGCAAAGUUCAAAUUAGAGAAGUACCAGCUGGAACUUACUUAAUGAAGGAAGAAUCUCACAAGGAUGUGGCACUUGUCUAUGUUGUAUCUGGUGCAUUAUUAGUUAGCCAACGUGUUUCGGAAGGAAGAGACGUAGGUCAAGAAGUCUACAUGUUUAGUGCUCAUCAAGGUGAAAUUGUAGGAGGUCUAGCUGUAUUAACUGGAGAACCUUCUUUUUAUACUAUUAGAGCGAAACAUCCUAGUCGCAUAGCUCUUCUUAGUAAACCAACAUUUUUUGCUAUUAUGCGAGAACAACCCACUGUUGUAUUACAUGUAGCCCACUCGGUUGUUCGAAGACUUAGUCCCUUCGUACGACAGGUCGAUUUUGCUCUGGAUUGGUUAUUCUUAGAAAGUGGUAGAGCAGUAUAUAGACAAGGAGAUGAAUCGGAUUCAACGUUUAUCGUAUUAAGCGGUCGUUUACGAUCAGUGAUUACAUAUAAAAAUGGGAAAAAAGAACUCGUUGCGGAAUAUGGUAAAGGAGACCUAGUGGGUAUCGUAGAAAUGGUCACUCAGACUCCACGAUCAACUACCGUAAUGGCAGUACGAGACUCUGAAUUAGCGAAACUUCCUGAAGGAUUAUUUAAUGUUAUUAAACUUCGUUUCCCGAUAGUAGUUACCCGACUCAUAAACUUACUUGGACAUCGUAUACUUGGUACUUGGCAACAAGCACACGCAAAGAAUGGUAGUAGUGAUACACAGCGGGCUGCUGCAACAGUCGAUGCACGACCAGCCCAAGUGAAUUUUUCAACUGUUGCAAUAGUUCCAGUAUCUGAUGAUGUACCGUUGACUGCAUUUACAUAUGAAUUGUAUCAUUCAUUAUGCGCUAUUGGACCAUGUUUACGACUUACUUCAGAAGUUGUUCGUAAAACAUUAGGUAGUAGUAUCAUGGAACCUGCAAAUGAAUAUCGGCUAACGUCAUGGCUUGCACAGCAAGAAGAUCAGCACCGCAUUUCAUUGUACCAAUGUGAUUCGACGUAUACACUGUGGACUCAGCGGUGUGUUCGACAAGCUGAUUGCAUCCUUAUCGUAGGGUUAGGAGACAGACCUCCGUCUAUAGGUAGAACUGAACGAGAAGUUGAGCGUUUAGUGAUGAGGACGCAAAAAGAAUUAGUGCUUUUGCAUAAAGAAGGUGGUCAGAGGCCUUCAAAUACAGUACAAUGGUUAAAUAUGAGAUCUUGGGUUUCUAGUCAUCAUCAUAUUCAAUGUCCUAAACGAAUGUUUACGAGAAGAUCUCAGUACAGAAUUAAUGAACUGUACUCAAAAGUUCUUAUGUCAGAACCAAAUGUACAUAGCGAUUUUAGUAGACUUGCUCGUUGGUUAACUGGAACCUCAGUAGGGCUCGUACUUGGAGGUGGUGGUGCUAGGGGUGCAGCGCAUGUAGGAAUGCUCAAAGCAAUUAUUGAAGCUGGUAUACCUAUCGACAUGGUCGGUGGGGUUAGCAUCGGAGCAUUUAUGGGUGCACUAUGGUGCAUGGAAAAGAACAUUACGACAACAACACAAAAAGCACGUGAAUGGUCCAAGAAAAUGACACAAUGGUGGAGACAAAUAAUGGACCUAACAUAUCCAGUAACAUCCAUGUUUUCAGGAAAAGAUUUUAAUAAAACAAUUCAAGCAACAUUUGGAGAUACAUACAUAGAAGAUUUAUGGUUACCAUACUUCAUAAUAACUACCGACAUCACUGACUCAUGCAUGCGUACACACACACACGGUUUACUAUGGAGAUACAUUCGAGCCAGUAUGACGAUUGCGGGGGUUUUUCCUCCUAUUUGCGACCCUCUUGACGGGCAUCUUUUGGUCGAUGGGUGUUAUGUUAAUAACGUGCCAGCUGACGAAAUGUUGAGACAAGGAGCGCAUCAUAUUUUGGCUAUUGAUGUUGGGUCACAGGAUGAUACAGAUUUAACGAAUUAUGGAGAUUCUUUAUCUGGUUGGUGGUUAUUAUGGAAACGAUGGAAUCCUUUCGCGACACCUGUUAAAGUCCCCAAUUUACCUGACAUACAGUCCAGAUUGGCAUACGUGAGUUGUGUACGCCAACUGGAAGAAGUUAAAAACUCCGAUUAUUGUGAAUAUGUCAGACCUCCGAUUGACAAAUAUAAAACUCUUCAAUUUACUAAUUUUGAUGAAAUUAAAGAUGUUGGGUAUCAACACGGGAAAACGUAUUUCGAAGGACAAUCGAAAGCCGGUGUUCUUCCUAGAUUUAACGCCGAUAGAGAAAUUGCACGGGCAUUACGAGCCAAACAUCAAGCACAUCAACAAUCCGUAUCUUCGUAUACUUUUACAGAUUUAGCUCAAAUGGUCUGCAAAGUCUCCAGAGGAAAUCGAUAUGUAGAUCUUGACAUUGAUUCUGAUACAGAUGAAUUAGAAGAAUAUGAAGCAGAUCUUGAAGAAGAUGCACAAGAAGUAGGUUAUGCCUCUGAACCCACUGCCGGUAUUUUAGACCAGGAUUUUUGUCUGGGGUAGGCUAGGUCCCCUAGGUUUACUGGAAAUUGGAGCACUUGAAAAUUUGGGUCUCUGGAAAUUUGAAAAUUUCUGAAUUUCAUACUACCUGAAGAAGUCUAUUCCAUAUUUUGAGAGGGCCAGGCCCACCCUGAUCUGUACCUAAUUAUGCCAAAAAAAUGUGCAACUCGGAGAGCCGAUACGUUCGAUUACCUGCACAUUCUUAUACAACACUUAUAAAAAAUUUAUAUACAUUUUGUAUAUACAUUGUAUAAUAUUUGCUUUACAUGCUUCAGAGUCCUGACGAAAAUCGUAUGCGAGGAAGAGCUGGUGUUUCUUUAAGUUUAUCUGACACAGAAGCUGAAUCAGAA